AUGGAGGGCUUCCUGCUCGUAUUCUCCAAGGAGCGCGUCGCGCAGGUGCAGUACUGUGUGCUGGAGCACGGCAUGCUGCGCUGCUUCGACAAGCCGGGCGGAGUGCUGCGCGAAUCCGUCGGACUCACCCGGCAUCGCAUCCGCGUGCAGCCGCUGGUUGGCGACAACGCCGGCCUGUGUCCGAACCGAUUCGCGGUGCACGCGCUCGAGGUGAAGCGCAACGAGCAGGCAGGCGCGUUCGUGGCGGCCGGCAAGCGCGAAAAGACGUACUGCUUCGCCGCCGCCACGUCCAAGACAAUGAUCAAGUGGGCGAACGCAAUUCACAAUUGGCGACGCCACGCUUUCGACGACCCCAUUAGCUGCGCGCUGUCCGGUCAUGAAGACAACAGCGGCUCCGCCUUGAAGACGCCGGACUCAAAGCGACGAGCUUCUCUGCUGGAGAGUCAACGGCAGAACCUCGUGAACUUGGCCAACCGAUUCGACGUGAAGCUGAUCACCGGCGACUCGAACACUGAGAAAAAGUCCCGCGGCUUGUUCAGGAGUCCGUCGUUCCGCGUAUCCACGCUCAAGGACCCCGUCGAGAUGAAGAUCGCCAGACCCAGCUUCGCCGUUAUCUCAUGGCUGCCUGGGCGCCUCUCGGCGCUCCGACCGAGCCUCCCAGGCAGAUAA